GAAUAACUUACUACUGUAAAGAGAACUUGCGUCAGCGUAACACAAUAAAAAAAAGUUUCUCCUUUCAUUAUUCAAUUAUUCAAUCAGUGUUUUAGUAAUCAUCGCUUAUGCGCUUUGCUCCUCUCAUUUCUUUUUCUUACCCCGCCGGGAAAGAACCCAAUUUUCUCCGGCGAUCGGAAACAUUCAUACUCGCCGGUGAAGCUACCCUUCAACCUCAAAAUGUCAUUAAUUCCAUCUUUAUCCCUUAAAUACCCAAAACCUUUUCUUUUAUUCCCCAAUUCAAUAUCUUCUUCAAACUCCAAUUUCUCAAUUUUGCAUAGCAAGAACCGAUAUUUAAGCUUUCAAGCUAUAAAAAACGUAAAAUGUCUUAAUGGGGGCUCGUUAAACGCCGUUGCGUGUUCGACUUCGUCGCCGUUAAUUGGGAGAGUGGGUUUGCAUAGACGGGAAGGUAACUUUUCGUUACUGUCGUUUGGUGCAAAUCCGAGGAGUUUUUAUGUCGAAGACGAAAAGGCGGAUUAUUCACAAGCUUUGUCUGCAUUGCUUCCAUUUGUUGUGGCACUCACUGCUGUUGCUGCUCUUUCUCAACCUUCCACUUUCACUUGGUGAAGCUAAUCCCUUUCACAUUCACUGUGGCCUACGGGUGUCUAAAGAAUUGUACGCUCCUGCGCUUGGAGGAAUCAUGUUGUCAAUUGGAAUUAGACUUUCCAUUGAUGAUUUUGCUCUCGCUAUUAAAAGACCUUUGCCCUUAUCUGUUGGAUUCAUUGCUCAAUAUGUCCUGAAGCCAGCUCUUGGCAUAAUUGUAGCACAGGCAUUUGGGAUGCCUCAGACAUUCUACGCUGGUUUUGUCCUGAUGUCUUGUGUUGCUGGGGCUCAAUUAUCAAGUUAUGCAAGCUUCUUGAGCAAAAGUGACGUGGCGUUCAGUAUUCUCUUGACCAGUUCAAGCACCAUUGCUUCAGUUCUUGUUACUCCACUUUUAACUGGCCUUCUCAUUGGUUCAGUCGUUCCAGUUGAUGCAAUUGCAAUGUCAAAGUCAAUCUUGCAGGUCGUUCUUCUCCCAGUCACUCUUGGCUUAGCGCUGAACACCUAUGCAAAACCAGUAGUAUCUGUUAUUCAACCUGUGAUGCCUUUCGUUGCCAUGAUUUGUACUUCACUGUGUAUUGGCAGUCCUCUUGCAAUCAACCGUGCUCAGAUUCUUUCUGCUGAGGGUGCCAGGUUGAUUGGUCCUGUACUGACAUUUCAUGCAGUGGCAUUUGCAGUGGGUUAUUGGUUCUCGAAACUUCCAUUUUUUAGGUUUGAAGAAAAAGUCUGCAGGACAAUUUCACUAUGCACAGGAAUGCAGAGUUCCACGCUGGCAGGGCUUCUUGCAACUCAAUUCCUUGGGAGCACUCAAGCGGUCCCUCCUGCAUGUUCUGUAGUUGCAAUGGCUAUCAUGGGCCUUUGUCUUGCCUCUUUCUGGGGAAGUGGAUAUCGGAUCAGGGACAUACCCUCCCUUCUCUUUCUACAAACUGCUUCGACAAUCAAGCCUUCUCAGUAAGCUAGAGAUAUGUAGAUACACAGUAGGAUAACUAAUAGAAAGGUAGACAUCCUUUCAGGCUUAGGCAGAGUAACUUAAAUGCAGUAGAAAUAGUUAAAUGAGAUGAAGGCAUAGGUUAUGUAUACUACAAUGGCCUGCAAAAAAUGUGUACGAAAGUUGAUAAAGAGGUAGAUGAGAUAGUAUUUUAAACAGAUGGCUACUUGUACAGUUCUUCUCAUAUAAUUUCAAUGUAUAGCAUUUGCUUUCUGCAAAUCACAUAUA